AUGURGAAGAGGUCCAUAGCUAUAACAAGUUCAUGCAAUCAUACUUCUCUCUCUCUCUCGUUCUCUCUCCCUCAGGGUGACAGAGGCCAGAGGGGAGCUGUAGGGCCACAGGGUAUUGUCGGCAAGGCUGGCAACAAGGGUAUGAGAGGGCCUAUGGGCGUCCCAGGGGCUCAAGGCAUCUCAGGAACCAAGGGAGACAAGGGAUUCCAAGGAAAAGUUGGGGCGAAGGGAGACUUUGGUGAUCCUGGUGUAGAAGGCUUGGCUGGGGAGAAAGGAGAGAAGGGUUUUGGUGGUGAGCCUGGACCCAAAGGACAGCAAGGAGUGAGGGGAGAGACAGGGUUCAAUGGCCCCACAGGAGACUCAGGCAAACCAGGAGACCAGGGACCAGGAGGACUGCCUGGGCCUCGCGGCCUCAAUGGGGAGAGAGGAGUACCAGGCAUGCCAGGCAUUGUGGGGGCAGCAGGACGGGAUGCAUCAGACCAGCACAUCAUUGAGGUGGUUCUGAAGAUGCUGCAAGAGCGUCUGGCGGCUGUAGCGGUGAGCGCUAAGCGUGCCGUACUGGGUGGAGCRGGUGUCAUGGGUCCCCCUGGUCCUCCUGGACCCCCAGGAGCUCCCGGUGCUCAGGGCCCACAUGGCCUCACCGGCGCCCGCGGCAUCCCUGGCAUGUUUGGAGCCUCCGGACAGAUCGGCAACACCGGACUGAAAGGAAAGAGAGGAGCGAAGGGAGACAGAGGAAAUCCUGGUAAACCACAUGCUGGCCAGCCAGGGCCCCCAGGGAUACCAGGUCCCCCUGGUAUUGACGGAGUGGCUCGAAAUGGUAAGCCUGGUGAGCGAGGCCCCCAGGGCUCGGCAGGAGAGGCUGGUCGUCCUGGUAAGGCGGGCCCCACUGGUCUUCCAGGGUUCUGUGAGGCUGCAGCCUGCCUAGCUGCCUCUGCRUACACCUCCCCCAGACUACAGGACUCCGCCAGGGUCAAGGGCCCAGGAGUCUAACCUGAGACCUCUCCAUCAAGAGCCCCACAACACCAGGGAGAAAGAGAGAGACAGAAGAGAGAGAAGCAGGGAUAGAGGAGAGAGAGAACUCUUCUUUAUUGGAUACCAACGAGAGCGAGGAGUGGGGGCAAUACUAUCGUGACUGACAUUGCCCCUCUGACCUCUAAACUGACGACUUUCAGUUUAACUGUUUGGAGACUGUUUGCAACAUACACRAUGCCCAUCUACUUUAAAUCACCCUGAGGACAGCCACUCACAGCCAAUAACACCCCUCUGAAUUUACAGUCUCUGGUUCGGGAUUGGCUGAUGUCAAUGUCAGUCACGUCCAACUGCCUCACCCCCAACCACAGAGGGAAAGAGAAUGAUGCCGCGUUCAAAACAACUGGGUGCUCAGAA